AACACUGACGGAAGAGAGCGUGCGCAUCCCGGAAAUCUGGAGAUACGCCCUGCACGUGCGCCCUCUUCCGGCCAACAUGACACGAGACGACCAUAGUGGCCGGCGCCUCGCGCGCGCGGAAGCGUUGGCACGUCACUAUGGGAACAAGCACGGAGUAUUCUACGUAGACGCCUCCGGCCCACACCAUGGGGGUUGGUUUACGGCCGCAGUCGUCCACCAAAACACCGCGGUGAACGGGCUUACGUUCAAAGCACAAGACAUAACACAUGCGGAAGAGGUGGCCAUCGCGUUCGCCGCCGCAGAUCAGGACUCGCGGGUCAUUAUUAGCGACUCACGAGGGGCCUGCAGGAACAUUGAAAGGGGCUUUAUUCCCUAUUUGGCGUACCGCUUACUUCAAGGCAGCAAUUAUCUCGGGGUCCCCGCGCCCCGCACGAUAGUAUGGACUCCCGCGCACGAGGGUCUCGAGGGCAACGAAGCGGCCGACGCCGCUGCCCGCGCGCUCACUCUCCGGGCAUUGCCUUCGCCUCCCGUCGCUGCGGACUCCGACCCCAAUCCGGUAUUUACCUUCAAGGAAAUCAACCAACACUACCAAUACGGCCAUGCAAUCUUUCCUAAGCCCUGUAAGGGCCUCACGAAGGCGGAGGAGCGUUUACUCCUUCGCCUCUAUACUAAAACACUGUUGUGCCCGGCAAUCCGAAAACAUUUCGACCCUGCGUGCUCAGGGAAGUGCCCGCACUGUGAGGAAAAAUCUUCGGACAUUUUCCACAUGGUGUGGGCAUGCCAAUCAACCCCUCACCUUCCCCCUAUACCCAACCCUACCCGGGAGGACUGGGAGGCGGCCCUGCUCGGCUGCUCCGACCUGGCGAGCCAGAAGGCCCUGGUCGGCCGUGCCCAAGCCGCGGCUACAGCCAAUGGGUUCCUGUAAUGAGGUGCCCACCUAGUCUGUAUAAGGAACGGCCCCUUAAGGACUGCUCCACACGCUCCC